AUGGACAAGUUCAUCCUCCACGAGGAGCCCGUCUCCGCCAAUUGCUACAAGAUCCGCUUGACUGCGGCCUUGCUGGGCAUUCCGCUCCAGCGACGCAUCUACUCGAUCCUGAAGGGUGAAACAAGGACAGCAGAGUUCCUCGAGACCGUCUCUUCCUUUGGCCGCGUCCCCGUUCUCCAGAUUGGUGACUCUACUUUUCUGCCCGAAAGCAAUGCUGCCUGCUUCUAUCUCGCCGAAGCCGCCGCGUCCACGGCAACGGCAGCCUCCGCAUCGUCCUCGUCCUCCUCGUCGUCGCCGCCACAAGCGACGACAUCGCUGAUCCCCAAAGACGCGCUCCAGCGAGCCGAGAUGCUGCGCUGGAUGUUCUUCGAACAGAAUCAACACGAAGUCAACAUUGCGACUCUCAGAUUCUGGGUGCACGUCAUUGGCGGCCAGAAUUUAGACGGAUCCCGACGUGCGCAAAUUGUGGGUAAGAUCGCGGCAGGGGAGCAGGCGUUGGAUUGUAUGGAAGAUCAUCUCGCAAAGAGCCACCACGGGUGGUUUGUUGGCGACACCAUCUCGCUGGCUGACAUCUGCCUCUUUGCCUACACGCAUAUCGCUGGUGAUGCUGGCUUCGACCUCUCAAGGUGGCCGUCGAUCCUCAAGUGGUGCGACCAAGUUAAACAGGUGCAAGGGUACAUCCCUAUGAGUUAA